UGCUUCCUGAAGUCUUUCCCAUUUGUGUAUCCCAGUCUGCGUUGCACUUUAACAGCUUCCAGAUAUGAUGAACUGCCCAUCAUCUGGACCACAGGGCAACAGUAUAGAGCCUUGCCAGAAUGCACCGCAAAUGGGGGCCCCAGUGUGGCCCAGUCAACCAUACCAACCUUGCUGGCCCUAUCAGCCCAACCAGGCUAACUGGCCUGGGAUGCAACCUACUGUACAGAACUGGCCAGCUUACCAGCCAGUACCACCCACCCAGUCAGUUUGGCCAAGUCCUCCACCAAUGGGACCUACCCAGCCAAGCCAACCAAUGCCACCAAGCCAACCCAUCUCACCAAGCCAACCAGUGCCACCAAGUCAACCUAUCUCACCAAGCCAACCCAUGCCACCUAGCCAACCAAUCCCACCAAGCUGGCCUUCACAGCUUCCCAAACCCAUUCCCCCAUCAUGGCAUGGAAACCCUGGGCAGCCAGGAUGGCCUAAUCAGGGUCCCUCUGGAACUCAGCAGCAUUUAUGGCCACUUGUCCCACCCACAGGGCCUGUGUCAGUGCCUUUCAACAUGAAUUUUCCCCGAGGCAUCUAUGAUAAGCUGAUGCUUACAAUAAGGGGACAAGUGAAGCCUGAUGCAAAAAUGUUUACUGUUAAUUUCCUGCGUGGUAAUGACAUCGCCCUGCAUAUCAACCCACGCUUCAAUGAAGGAGGGAAGCAGGUCCUUGUUCGCAACCACAAGCUGGGGGAACAGUGGGGACAAGAGGAGAGAACUCUUCUGGCACCAUUUCCCUUUGUGGCAGGACAAAACUUUGAGAUGAAGAUCCUCUGUACAAGCAACGAGUUCAAAGUGGUGGUCAAUAACACACCUGCAUUUGAGUUCAAGCACCGCAUCAGAGAGGUGAACCAGAUCGAUCGGAUCAACAUCCUGCAUGAUGUCAGUCUUACAUCUGUCAACGUGGACACUCUUCCCUGAGACACGGCUACAUAACUGCUAUCUCUGCCCUACCCUAUCAAGACUGCAUGUGUAUAAUGCUCAAACUCCAACGUUAAUUCUGCUGUCCCUUAUAGUCCGGCUGUUAAGCAACAACAAAAAAAACAUGUACGGUAAUUGCUCGUUUUGUGAUAGAAGCCUGAAAUUUGGCACACUAGCUCAAGUUGAUGUAGAAUAUAAUUCUAGACAUGGGGGCAUUUCAAAUUCAGCUUCUAAACCCUGGAACACGCAUGUGCAAAAUCGACCCAACACGAAAACGAGGCUAAACGAAUUUUCUUUUGUUUCAAGGUAUUUUUAUAAGAUUGCUUACAACAAAUGACACAUUGAUUGAAUGUCUACCUCACAAAUGGAGGACUUUGUUUUUCAAACAUGUCACGUGACUGAGAGAAAAUAUAUACAAUGCUGAAAGGCAUUUUGAAAUUGAAAUGCUAUUACGGUACUAAAAGGAGUAAAUGGAGAAGCUAUUUUGGUAGUUGGUAGUCAAUACCGGGCAAAAUUUACACCAUUGCACACUGGAGUCAAUAUUUCUGUGGUAUUAAGAUUGCUUAUAAACACUGGUGCCCACUCUAUUCAUGGUUUUCAAGAUGGCGACACCCAUGUGUAGACAGACAUUGUGGAAAGUUGCUUCUCUACAGUGACUGAAAUUUCCAAGUAAGUAUUUUGCUUACUGAAUUAAUGAAUGCAUACAUUUAUUCAUAGAAAUAGUGUUUAUGAUUAAAUAGUUGCAUUCAGGCAGGUAAAACAAAUUAAUGUAGCAGUCAAAUUCAGAAUAUUGAUUUUAGAUUGUUAUAAACACUGUUUUGAGAAGAACUGUAAGGUUUUGUCUUUAAAACCCUGAACUACACUACCGUUCAAAAGUUUGGGGUCACCCAAACAAUUUUGUGUUUUCCAUGAAAAGUCACACUUUUAUUUCCCACCAUAAGUUGUAAAAUGAAUAGAAAAUAUAGUCAGUCAAGACAUUUUUCUGGCCAUUUUGAGCAUUUAAUCGACCCCACAAACUCAAUCUGCUCAAAGGAAGGUCAGUUUUAUAGCUUCUCUAAAGAGCUCAACUGUUUUCAGCUGUGCUAACAUGAUUGUACAAGGGUUUUCUAACCAUCCAUUAGCCUUCUGAGGCAAUGAGCAAACACAUUGUACCAUUAGAACACUGGAGUGAGAGUUGCUGGAAAUGGGCCUCUAUACACCUAUGGAGAUAUUGCACCAAAAACCAGACAUUUGCAGCUAGAAUAGUCAUUUACCACAUUAGCAAUGUAUAGAGUGGAUUUCUGAUUAGUUUAAAGUGAUCUUCAUUGAAAAGAACAGUGCUUUUCUUUCAAAAAUAAGGACAUUUCAAAGUAACCCCAAACUUUUGAACGGUAGUGUAUAUCUUUGUAUCAUAUAUUUUGUUUAUGCUUGUAUUAACCCAGAAUAUUUAAAUGAUUCCCCAGAUACUAUGAAGUCUAUUGUUGAAAGCUCUAUAAUGAAAGUAAUGAGAGUGAGGACUGGGGUCUGUGUUUUGUCAACAACAGACAGAAGAACCAGUGCAGUGCCCUGCUGUGUCCAGGGUUUAGAAGCCAAAUUGGAAAACGUCCCCAUAUCUAGAAUUAUUUUAUAUAUAUAUAUAUAUAUAUAUAUAUAGGCGGCACGGUGGUGUAGUGGUUAGCGCUGUCGCCUCACAGCAAGAAGGUCCUGGGUUCGAGCCCCGGGGCCAGCGAGGGCCUUUCUGUGUGGAGUUUGCAUGUUCUCCCCGUGUCCCCAUGGGUUUCCUCCGGGUGCUCCGGUUUCCCCCACAGUCCAAAGACAUGCAGGUUAGGUUAACUGGUGACUCUAAAUUGACCGUAGGUGUGAAUGGUUGUCUGUGUCUAUGUGUCAGCCCUGUGAUGACCUGGCGACUUGUCCAGGGUGUACCCCGCCUUUCGCCCGUAGUCAGCUGGGAUAGGCUCCAGCUUGCCUGCGACCCUGUAGAAGGAUAAAGCGGCUACAGAUAAUGAGAUGUAUAUAAUCAACUUGAGCUAGUGUGCCAAAUUUCAUGCUUCUAUCACAAAGUGAAUUUCUCACUUUAACAGCCGACUAUUAACACUAGUCAAUUUAUACUGCAAUGCAAGUAUUUCACUUUGGAAGCUAUGCAAGUCUUUCCUUCCACAGAAUGUUUGUAUGUGCAUGUACACAGAUGCAUGCCAUUUCUAAUUUAACAAACGCUCUUGCUGAAGGGUUGUUUUGCAUCUCUCAGACACACAAACCUUUUUCCUUAAAUGUAGUACAGAGUGAUGUAAAGUCUUGUUUGUAUUUGAGAGAAAAGCUAUAGGAAAUUGUGUUAUUUGAUGAUUAUUCAGUAAUGUCACAAACUGAUGCAAAAUGACUACAGUUGGCUAAUUGUUUAUUAAAAUCAGCAAAAAUA